AUGGCCACGGCUCUCGUGGUUGGCUGCACCGGCCUCAUUGGAUCCCAUAUCCUCGCGAUCCUUCGCACCGGCACCGGUCCCUCGAAAUACUCCAGCGUCAACACGAUCGCUCGCCGCUCAGUCCCAGCCGCAGCCGAAUCCGAACCCGCCGUUCCGGUCAACGAGGUACUCGAGAAAGACACGGCGAAAUGGGGCGAGCACAUCACCGCACUCUCUCCUCCCCCUUCCACCGUCUUCUACGCGCUCGGAACGACUCGCGCCGCAGUGGGCGGGUUCGAGAACCAGAACAAAAUUGAACACGAGAUGAACCUCCAAGUCGCCAAAGCGGCCAAAGAGGCGGGCACAAAGACGUACGUGCUCAUCAGCAGCACCGGAGCCAGUGCCGCGUCCAUGUUCGGGUACCCCAGGAUGAAAGGCGAGAUCGAAGACGUCGUCACGGCGCUCGAGUUCGAACACACCAUCAUCGUCCGCCCCGGGCUCAUCGUCGGUGAACGUGACCACAACCGGGGCGUCCUGGAGCACAGUCUGAGAUCCUUUGCGAAUGCGUUGGGCCAUCUACAUCACUCGCUGAAAGAUGCUUGGGCCCAAGACGCCGACACGAUUGCCAGAGCUACCGUUGCUGCCGCGGCCGAGGUCGAGAAAGGUGAGGUCAAAGACAAAGUGUGGAUUCUGCAACAAAAAGACAUCGUCCGUUUAGGCAAGACAGAGUGGAAGAAGGCAUGA